GCAAAGCAAUUUUGCCAUUCUCCCGUUUCAAACCCGCGCUCUCUCUCUCUCUCUCUCUCUCUCCCCCUCCCUGCCGCUGCUGCCGCCACCGCCGCGGCGGCGCCCCGAUUCGGUGAUCCCCCGCUCGCCCAUCUCCGCCGUGACGUAUCGGCGACGCGGAGGGAGCCCCCCACCCCCCACCUCCGGAUCUAGGGUUUCGAGGCCCAGGUGGCGUUGCGCUGCGCCCCCGCUCCUCCGCCUCUCCUCCGCCGCCGAGGGUUCGCGUGAGGUUUCUGCGUAUUACCAGCUCUGUACUUAAUUUACUAGUGAGAAGCAAAAUGAAGUGCAAUGCUUGCUGGCGGGAGUUGGAAGGGCAAGCUGUAUCAACAACCUGCGGUCAUCUUUUAUGUACAGAGGAUGCUAAGAAAAUACUGAGCAAUGAUGCUGCAUGCCCGAUUUGUGAUCAAGUGCUUUCAAAAAGCCAUAUGAGACCUGUUGAUACAAAUCCAAAUGAUGAUUGGACAAAUAUGUCAAUGGCUGGAGUUUCUCCACAGAUACUUAUGAAGAGUGCAUACAGAAGUGUCAUGUUUUACAUUGGGCAAAAGGAACUGGAGAUGCAGUACAAGAUGAACAGAAUUGUUGGUCAGUGUAGGCAAAAGUGUGAACUUAUGCAGGCAAAGUUCACUGAGAAGCUGGAAGAAGUUCAUACUGCAUACCAGAAAAUGGCCAAAAAAUGCCAGUUGAUGGAACAAGAGGUUGAAAACUUGUCGAGGGAUAAGCAAGAGCUACAAGAAAAAUUUGCUGAGAAAUCCAGGCAGAAAAGGAAGCUUGAUGAGAUGUAUGAUCAGCUGAGAAGCGAGUAUGAGUCGGCAAAGCGUUCAGCAAUUCAACCUGCGAACAACUACUUCCCAAGAGCCCAGCCAGACCUGUUCUCAGGCGUGCCCAACAUAAUGGAUAGCAGCGACCCUCUGAGACAAGGAUUGGCUGGUCUUCCUGAAACUCCAGGGCGGAGAGAUGAGGGAUGGGCUCCACCACCAAGGCAACGUCGGUCCACCUCUGGACCAUUUGAGCUGUCUGCGGGAUCUCCUGCUCACAAUGCGGCGCCUCCGGUUGAUAUUAGGCCCAGACAGCCAGCACGGCCCGUAUUCGGCACUGCCAUGAAUAAUACUUCUGCAGCUCUGCGAAAUAUGAUAAUCUCGCCUGUGAAACGUCCUCAGCUUUCCCGAAACCGUCCACAUAUGUUCACGUUGUAGAAUUGGAAGAGCUGAUGUGGCAUCCUGCUUUGGAAUCUGUCACGGUCUUGUCAUGGACUUGCUAACUGUAAAUGCAGUAAGAUCAAUCUGUCUCUUUCCCUCACUUCAAUUUCUGCCCCAUCAUCUUGGUGUAUAGAAACUGUUACAGAAGUCCCUUGGGAGAAGAUUGUUAGGGAGGUUCUGAUAUAUACUUGGGGCGCAAAGUCACUCCUUCCUGAUUGCAAUAACACGUAGUGUAUCUGCAGCUAAAUUCUUGGACUUUGUGACUGUCAUCACACUAACCAUCUACUAUUAGUAGUAAUAAUUUACUACUGCUCGGGGUGGACUAACCCCUGAAUGAUGGGGACGGUUUUUCUAGGAUUAUGUUCUAGGGACCAGUACUGACUUGUCGGAUGCGGGUUCUAUAGCUGGAAACUACAAAGGGAUCUGUUGUAAUCGUGCCUUCUGUUGUUUAUUAUAUUUGUAGUUACCUAAAAUGCACUUAACCAGUUCUUCAUUGAGCUAUAGUACAGCACAUCGUGGUCCUGAA